AUGCUGUAUACGACGGAUGGCUUUCUAUGCGCGAACUCCAUCACAUCUCUCAGUGAUCGUGUCCAGCAGAUCGCGACCCUCCUUACGACCGUUAACGGCAACAACAAGCGCCUCUUACUCGUUGCGGCCUCCAUUUACAUAGAAUCUUGCAGCUGGCUCGUUGAGAUCCUGCGCGGUCUCUCAGGCUUCAGUGUCGCCAACUCCUGUCGCGUCGACGAGAUUGUUCCCACGCUCUUUGCCCUCAGCGCAAGCACCCUGGACUCCCUACUACAACGCCUCAUCGGCGGGGCGCGCAAGGUGGUCAUUGAAAUGUUUACGCAUAUCAACAAGCACAGCGUCAGCAGCAUCACUGCCCGGCUGCAGGCUCGCGUGUAUACAUUAGACAUGAUGGUCUCGCGAAACCUCCCCCGCCGCGAUCGUCGCCAGCUACCUCAGAAGAAAGCACAGACGGCUUCUCGUGCAAGUCUGGCGGGAGUUCCAGUCGAGCUAUUUAGCAUGAUUCUACGCCACCUUGCGUGCUGUGACAUUCGCUCACUCCGGCAGACGUGCAACAAGGAGCUCGUUCGCAGAUGCAAAGACAGCUUCUACAACAUUGUCGAUCCGACCACCGCUUUCCUCCAGGCGAGUCCCAGAUGA